AUGGGUGAGCAGAUAGCGUGGUGGACGAGGUGGGCGUGGCUGUGUGUAUUGGUUGGCGAGCGCUUUGUAGUGGGCGUCUGUGUACCCCAGGACGGAAAGACAGUUUUCUUCACGAAAGGUGACGCCGUUAUUACUCAGCUUCUGCCUCUUCACUAUGGAUCUCGCUGUGACCAGCUGGGCAUGACGGAGGUGCAGGUGCUGGAGGCGACGAAACUGGCAGUACACAGAGUCAACCAACUCAGUCUCGUACCCGGAAUCAAACUAGGUCCUGAGGAUGAGGCAUCAGCGUCAGCAGUGGGAGGUGCCACACAGUCUCUGGGGUCACCUGUCAUGGCAUACAGUGCCCGACCCUCACCUGCCUCACAUACCUAUGACUUCCUCACUCCAGCACCGUACCGCUCUGUUCAGGCGGCCGUGCAGGUACUAAGCAGCGCAGGUGUUGACGCUAUCAGCAUCGUGCACACUGCCGACACCGAAGGGCAUGUGCUAGUUGAGCACAUCAUCUCAGCGGCAGAGUAUGCUUAUAUAUGUGUAGAGAUGGUGCUGGAGGAUGGCAACACUGUGGGGCUCACUGAGGUGCUACGCGAGGGCCCUGGCACGCUGGUCAUCCUAGGCAGCAGACACAGAGUACAAAGUCUGACCAGGGCCCUCGGGGGACCGCAAGGCCCUGUCGACCUCCUGCUGUUAAUAGACAGCGGCGGUCCCGUGCCACAGGUGGAGCUGGCUGGCUUGGAGACGCCUGCAAUUCUUCUGCAACGAACUGUUCACCGUCUCCCAGAGUUUGCUUCUUUUUUGGAAAGGGACUUGGAGUCUGAUGACGGGCCACGGCGACAAUACAUGGCCACCCUUUCUAAGUGUGGAGAAGUGAGAAUGGGCUACGACGCCGCCGCAAACUCCGCCAUCGCCGCGGUAUUAGUGUAUGCAGAGGCGCUGAGAGAAGCGCAGGCUACACACUGCAGCACUGAGGAAAGUUUAUGUCGCAGUGUUACAGCUUUAGAAACUUCAGAGUGGAAUGAUCUACUGGCUUCAGCAUCUCUGCAGGAGCCAGCUACAGCAGCUUUUCCCGGUCUUCUGGAUGACAGUCUUGAACCCGGUAGUGAGGACGUUCCCCGAUACACCGUCAAUCUGCUGAUCAAUGGCAGCAUCACUAAGGUUGGUCAAGCUGACGAGUCACUGGCGGUGCUGGGGAGGCUGGAGGUGCGGGAGCCCAGGUGUGGUGCUCACUGCCCCUGCAGUAUUCUGGUGCCUCCUCUCAUGCUACCUCCAGCAGUCAACGUCACACAGUCUUCAGGGUUUGAUAUCAUGGGCGGCAGCAAGUGGUGGACCUGGCAAGUGCCCAGCCUGGAGAAUAUGACCAAGAGAGAAGUAGCAGUCUACUUUACAGCUUUUUGCUUUUUGAUUGUCAUAUUCGUCUCCUCCUGCGUCGUCUGCCUUAUUAACAUGAUCAAGGCGCCAAGAAGACAAUAAUACAGACCUUGUGAAGCUACGCUCUCCCAAGAACAAAAGGUACACGUAAACUGCAUUCACGGGAGCUUGGUAAACGGGAGGUAAUCAGGUUUGCUCUGAGAAAGAGGAGAGUAGCUCUAAUUCCUGGACCAAGAACCUUUUACUAGCAUCAAGGCACCACUUCCCUUUAAAUGGGCAUCCCAGGCAAGACUCUCCCAUGCACACAAUUGACAUGCAACAUCUGUUGCGGUUAGGAUGCAUAAACCUUUAAUGAGCUGUGUACUGAUCAAUAGUACUCACCUGACUCUGGUUGCAGGGGUCGAGUCAUAGUUCCUGGCCAAGUGAAGAUGUCAUCUCUUUAAUACAACUCACUGUAUCAGUCACAGAACUCACUGUAUCACUAUCAAAAAGUACCAUAACCUACUGUAUCAUAAUCACAAGGUGCAGACUUAUGCCUUGCAACAAACACUGCAUCAUAAUCACAAAGUGAUGACGUCUGCCUUCUAAUAUAAUUCAGUGUAUUACUGUCACAUCUGAAAACGUCUGCGUAGUAACAUAAAUCCCUGCAUCAUUAUAAUUGAAUUAGUCUGUAUUGCAACUCAACGUUAUCACCAUCACAUACAUAAUAUAAUAUUUCUUUUCAUGGCAGAUAUUUAUGUCCCCAUCACACAUAUGUUAUGUUUUAAAGUAACAACUUCAAUACCCGACAUUUGCUAUAUCUUGUUGAGAAAAGAACCAUACCAAUAUAUGUUUUUUGUCCUGUGGUGACAAGAGUUAUGCUACACACAUGUUAUGUCUUGUGGUGACAAGAUUCAUGCUAAAGAUUUGCUAACAAAUAUUUAUUGAUUGUUUUAAUAUAUAUUUUAAGAAAUGCUUUAAAGAAAUAUUUUAAUAAAUAUUUGAAUAAGUUCAAAUAAAUGUUUUUAAAAGUUCAUAUAAUGAAUUAAAUUGUGCUAAAUGCGAACUUUAAUUUAAUAUGGAGAAGGUAAUUACCGGGAGUGAAAAUAACUGGGAGUACCGGGAUCAAAUUACCAAAGUCAGAUAACUGGGAUUAUUAUAUUUUAAUCAUGGGGGAGCGCAUAUGGGAGGAGGAUGGAAAGUAUUCUGGCUCAAUUCAGGGAAAUGGAGCACAGAUCCAAUUCCCUAGAUCAAGAGCCUCUCACCAGCAUCAAGAAACCUUCCUUGAGGGACAGAUAACCGGGAAGAAAUUGCCGGUCACCGAAUUUAUUUACCACUGCAGCCUGUGAAGAGUGACUUGUGACGACCCUCACCUCUGGUGUCACACUCAGUCACCCUCCCGAUAUAGAUCAUAGCUUCUUGUCUGGUAAUUAUUAUAAUCAUGGGGAGCGCUAAAACCGUAGGGAUUAUGCAGCGCCUGUUGGCGGGGGGGGGGGGAUGGAAAGUAUUCUGGCUCAAUUCAGGGAACUAGAGCACAGAACUAAUUCCCUAGAUCAAGAUC